AUGGCGACGGAGCGGCUGGAGGCAGCCGCGGGCCCCGGCGCGGGGGAGCUGCCGCCGCUGCCGCCCUACGCGGCCUGGGCCCCCGCCGAGCUGCAGGCCACACUGGCCGACAUCGACGCCCCCGCGCAGGGCCCCCACUCCCUGCGCUACUUCAACACCGCCGUGACAAAGCCCAGCCCGGGGCUGCCCGCCCUCGUCUCCGUGGGCUACGUGGACGGAGAGCUCAUCGAUCGCUACGACAGCGAGACGCAGCACUGGAAGCACUACCUGGAGAACAGCUGCAUCGAGGGGCUGCGGAGAUACGUGGAGCACGGGAGGGCCGCGCUGGUGAGGGCAGAGCGCCCCAUGGUGAGAGUGUCGGCCAAGGAGAGCCACGGCUUCGUGACCCUGUCGUGCCGGGCUCACGGCUUCUACCCGCGGCCCAUCAGCAUCAGCUGGCUGAAAAAGGGCCGCGUCCAAGCCCAGGAGACCAAGCGGGGCAGCGUCACGCCCAAUGGCGACGGCACCUACCAUGCCUGGGCCAGCAUUGAGGGCCUCCCCGCAGAGAAGCACGAGUACCAGUGCUGCAUGGAGCAUGCCAGCCUGCCGGAGCCCGGCCUCUUCUCCUGGGAGCCGCCGAGCUCCCUGCUGCCCAUUGUCCUUGGGGCGGUCAUCGCUGUGGUGGUUGUCAUCGUGGUCUGGAAGAGCAGAUGGGGGAGGAAGGAGCAGGGGUACGUGAUUGCCAAAGGAAGCAAUGCCGCCAUUUAA